AUGGCAGAUCCAAGACGGGUUGAAAGACCAUUGGCCUUUCCACAGGAUCCAAUCCCACCUUCUCACCUACUCGCGCGUAUACAUCCAUCAAUUAUAGAUUUCCCAACACAACGCUACUAUGCAGUAUCUGCUUUUAUUUUGCUACAAGCACUAAAAGCCUAUAGUGCCUGGAAAGACGCUCAUUAUUUUGAACAUGACCCAUCUUAUAACACGGCAUGGAUGUGGUGCUAUGCUGAUAUAUUCUACAUGACGAUGCUCUGGUACAUCCGAAUUCCAUGGUUGCAAUUCACUAAAUUCAAGACUAUCUUUAUUUUACUGGUUUUAUUUUCUUUAAACUUCCUUAUGUUUGUCAUACCAGUGACUGCUGUCAGCAUUGCUUUGUUCAAAAAUACCUUCGGAGACUUAUUUACUCGUAGAAUUGGCGCCUCUCGAGCAAAGAAGGUUAACGUAAAUGGUAUUAUAAAUGACCCAUCUCAUAUUCUCGGAAGACAUACCCUUCAUAUCCUUCCUCACGGAUCUGCUGAACUUAAUCCCUUUAAUGAGUUCUAUUGUCUGCCUGCAAGAUCCAAGGGGAAGAAAGAAAUUUUUAUUCCAAUUUCGAUGAACAACACAAUUCCAUACAGUCUCACUAUGGAGCAUUUUGAUUUCGACACAAAAUUGAAUACAACAAAGGGUCUCUCUCGAAACGAUUUAAAACGUACAAUUGAAUUGAACUCUAAGGACGACGGAGCAGAAAUAUAUUAUGUUCGAAUCAAAGCACCUGGACUUUAUACCUUAAAAGACGUGAAGAGCAGAAAUAAUAUCGAUGUCAGAACUAAACACAAGGCUGUCUACGUUUUCACCUGUCCAACUGCCGAGUUCGAAUCCUCAGCCACAACUGAUCUUUGCACAGGAGAUGAUGGACCGGUUGGAAUCAAAGUCAGUGGUGUACCUCCUUUCUCUUUGGGAUACAUUCAACGAGUAGGAGACUGGGAGUUUCCGUCAAAGAUUAGCCAAAUUAGACCCCAAGAUGUCAAUGUUCUUCCCGCUGAAAAGAUUCACGACAUGGACAAUGUUGAUCCUGAGUUUUUCCGCCCAAACCCAACCCAGUUUUACUCGUGGGCAGCUACCCAUCACCAAACAGUUUACUUGAAGCCAACUCUUGAGCACCCGACUUUGUACGAAUAUCAGCUCUUGAACGUCACAGAUGGAUUUGGCAACACUGUUUUUCUCGAUCAGUCGAGCGUUAUAAACUUUAGAGUGCACGAACAUCCAUCAGCAAAAUUUGCUUGCAAUGACGUCGAUCCUCCAAAACUUUUGGUCAACGAAGAUGUUGCACAUAUUCCUUUCGAACUUCAGGGAUCUGGUCCCUGGAAGGUCGGCUAUCGACAUAUCCAAGAAUCAAAUGAUAAAACGACUGAAUUUAACGUUUCUUUGAGUGUUCCAAUGGCAAGUCUCCAAGUACGAUCCCCCGGAAUUUAUGAGUUAUUGGAAGUCAGCGAUAGCUAUUGCAAAGGAAAUAUCCUCACACCUUCUACCUGCCGUGUCGUCCAACCCCCGCUCCCUUCGAUCGAAAUACGCGAAACACCUAUUCCAUCUGAAUGCUCGGGAACUGACUUUAUCGGAAUGAAAUUCUUUACAGAAUUGAAGGGAACUCCUCCAUUUAAUCUAAAAUACAACGUAUAUAAAAAGACCGGAAGAUCAAAGACUAUUGUAGGAAGCUGGAAUGAGACAAUCGAUCGAUCCCGCUACAUAAUUUCUUACAUGCCAACAACAAGCGGAGAUUACAUUUAUGAAUUCGAGAGUUUGAGUGAUAAGAAUUACAGGGAUCAGGAUAUCAGUAAAUACGCAUUCUCGCAUACCGUUUACCCUCAGCCUGAUGCAUCAUUUGAUGAGAGCUUGACAACUCUCAAAACAAUCCGUACUUGCGUCGGAGAAUCGAUCUCUUUGGAUGUCAAAUUGACAGGUGCUCGACCAUUAACCCUCUUCUGGUCUAUAUCCGGCCAACUGUACUCUGAAGAGAUACAAGACGACAAGUAUCGUCUUAAAAUCCCCAAUCUUGAAAAGCCUGGCCCUCAUGUUGUUUCUCUUGUUAUGAUCAAGGAUGCAAAUGGAUGUUCAAUCGAUUUAGAGGCACGUGAUGUGGUCAUUGACGUUAGACGUGAGCGUCCUACUGCUGGAUUUUAUACCAACAAUCAAUUCAAUGGUUCUGUCGAGAUCACUCAAGGAUCCACUGCAACUCUUCCCCUCCGUUUGGCUGGAAAGGGUCCAUGGAUGGUUGGAUACAAGAACACAGAAAAGGAAAAUGCAGAGACCAAUAUGGUUGUUACCGAAGAUCCCAAUGCUACAUUGGAAACUAAGGAACCUGGAACAUAUGAAGUAGUAUCUGUUCAGGAUGAAUUUUGUAGAGGAAAUGUUAUUCCAUCACCAUAUACAGUGCGUUGGAUCGAUAAGCCUGUGAUGACAAUUGACGACGAAACAGCCAUUCUGAAACAAGAAGAUGCUUAUGAGAAACCUGGUGUCUGCCAAGGAGCAAGUGCUAGUGUUGGUAUCAAAUUUCAAGGCCAUGGAUCAUUCUAUUGCUCCUAUGAUAAGUACCAGGUUGGAUCCUGGAAACUCAAUCCAGUUCAUCUUGGAACUGAAGAAAUCAAUUCUGUAUAUCCUAAUGCUCAAGUUAAUCUGGAUACAAAUACAAGCGGAAAGUUCCGAUACCUGUUCAACAAAAUCGCAGACCAGAGAUACAGCGAUCCUUUUGUUACUUUCCACAGGCAAACUGUUGAAUACACCGUCCAUCCUCUGCCAACUGUUGCCUUUUCCGGAAGAACAAAAAAGCAACACUCCUUGUGUGUGGGAGAUAGUUUGUUAUCCAAUGACAUGCCCCCAAUCUGGUUAGAUCUUACCGGACAGGCACCAUUUGUUGUAGAAAUCCGAGUCAAGCAUCAAACUGCUAACCACCUCCAGACACAUCAUCUUAGUGUUCCUACUCACAAGUACAAAUUAGAAUUAUUUGAUGUACUCGAAACAUCUGGUCUUUACAAUAUCGAGCUUGUUAGCGUUGUGGACAACAAUGGCUGUCACUCUACUACCCCAGCAUCUAACCCAGUGUUGACGGUUGAGGCUAUGGAAGUAGCAACCAUCAGCUCCUCUGACACAUGUGCUGAUCACUGUGUCGGUGAUGAUUUAGACUAUACUUUGUAUGGUGUCAGCCCAUUUGCAGUUUCCUACCAGUUUAAUGGACGCAAUAAGAAGAUUACGGCUUCUUCAUCAACUCUAUCCAUUCUUGCUGACAGUCCUGGUAAUCUUACUAUUAUCUCGGUUGGCGACAAACGCAAUAAAUGCACCACAUAUAUAAAUCAUAUGACCAGCAUUAUUCAUCAGACACCAUCAUCAUUUAUCAGUGGUGGCAGAGAAGUUUUUGAAAACAUUCAUGAGGGUGAUACGGCACAGGCUGUCAUUGAUCUAGUUGGAACCCCUCCGUUUGAGUUCAAGUGGCAAAGAAGUGAACUAGUCUGGAAUAAAGACAAAAACCAUCAUUACAAGGGAAAUGUUCUGGAAACUCAUUUGGUCCAGGAUGUGCAAGACAAUCGCUAUUAUAUUAAUACCGCGGUAGAGGGCAUUAUUGAGGUUACUUAUAUCAAAGAUCGUUACUGCCAGUAUCCUCGUUUGUAAUAGUCAGUACUCUAGGAUAUCUAUUGUCUAGAAAGGACAUCAUUUGUAUAUAAAAGAACACUGCCUGUUUAAAGUAGAAACGGAGAUGAAAAUCUAAUACAAAAAAAACCCGUUUUUUCCAUUUAAGAUAAAUAAAUAAAUUGGCAAAUUUGCACAAGAUAU